AGAUAACAUUUCACGAAAAUGUUUUUGCAAAAGUAGAUUAAUUACUCACAGCUCUUGAGGUAAAAGAAUUAUCUUACUUAAACAUUUUUUCAGAUGCUAUUCUCUACCAGUACAUAUUAGUGAGUCUGAUCCCCGGGCUUGAUACUCGUGGUGCGUCUUAACCACCGGAAAUAAUUUCCUGUGGAGAGGAAUUAGAAACAGCGAAAAGUAUGUUUGAUGUUGAUGAUAAAGUGUGAUCUUCAAAUACUGUAUUUCCCUGCUCAUUUUUUACGGAGCUAUGGAAGACAAUGAAAUCCAAGGAAAGAUUGAUUAUGAGGUGAAAAUGCGUGAAGGGACUGUCAAGCUACUUGAGGCUUGUCAUGAGCAGUCCCAAGCUUUAGAAGGAGCUAAAAACCUCCUUACAAUCAAUGCGAGGAUUAUUGCUCUAAUGUCACUGCUACAGAAGAAUAGGAAACAGACAAUAAACUCUAAAACAAGUCCAAACAUUUCGAAGAUCCAAAAUGGGGAAAAGGCACAAGUAUCUUGUCUGGGAAGAAUUUCAAUUUCAGAUAUACGCGUUCCUUUGAUGUGGAAUGAAGAGGAACAUUUUAGGGCCAAAGAAAGUAUUUCAGAGAUAUCUCGAAUAUAUCACGUGUUUUCUAUCCUUAAACUUGGGGGUCAAGUCCAAGAAACGGGACUCGUUGAAGUAGAUCAAUCCUCGACAGAUGUGACGCUCAACGACGUCGUGAUUUUCGAUCAUGUUGAAGCAGAUUUCAAGCUGAACAUCGAAAUUUACUACACGACAACAUCCACGAAUGAUGUUCAUUCUACACACAAGAAACACACGCAUCGCAUGAAUUCAGACGGCAGUUAUGGUCCAAAAUACGUUUUGGCUGGCCAUGCGUCUCUCGACGUUGAUAACGUCCACGAUGGAAUCAAAAUACACGAUAUUAAGAAAGGGGCUGUCGGUGCUAGUCCGUCCGCGUCAGCGGUUACUGCUGACGCAUUUCAUACGGCAAACCUUCCACUAUGGAGCCAGUUUUGUUGUCGCCUGGCUGCGAUGCCUCUUUCUGUUGAUGGCGAAGACACUGCAGGUGUUCUGUUCUUACAGGGAAUAGCCAAUCGUAAACCGUCAUGGGAAAAGUGCUGGUGUCGACUUCGUAAAGCACAAUUAGAAUGUUGGGAAACAGAAGAACAUUCCAAAAGUUCUAAAAUGAAACCAAAGAAUAUAAUUAGUCUGAAUGAGGGUAUGGAUGUCAAUGAAGAUUUGCAGGGUAACUGUGAAUAUCGUCACAUUCUUAUACUCACGUGUUCAGACGAUGAGAAGGAACCCGUAUUUGCAUGCGAAACUGAAGAUGACUUUUUAAAGUGGAGAAAAGCUUUAAAGCAAGCAUUGCUCGAUCUCAGAGCUUGGAAACUGGCAUACAAACAAGAUAUUGUUUUGGCUGACCCAACGCCAAAGAAAUUACCAAUAAUUUCGCGUAUUCCUCUUUAUGAUCAAAUUGAUGUUGAAAUCACCUUGGAAGAUGACUUCGAUGAGGACAUGAUCUAUUCGGCCGAUGAAACCAAUGGCAAAAAAAGCGGCUCCGACUCUCCAAAAAUCCGAAAAUCUUCUGAACACUUGGAUGAAGUUGAAAGACGUCUACGAGGUAGUGGUAAAGAUGAUGUGGAUUCGAACCAUAGGCACUCACCAAAGAGAACUGUUGAAGAAGUGCAUUAUGAAACAACCAUAUAGACAUGCAUGAAAUAAAUCUUAAACAGGUGCACUCCUAUUCUUCAUCAUUAAUAUUUUCCGUUCAUGUUGCGGGAAACUGCACUACUGCAAGCAUAAUUAGCACGUUUCCUGUCGCCAUUGGGCUCAAUCUUACUCUAUGAAUAAUAAUAGGUGAUGAAAAUUUAUCAAAUUAAGUCGACAUGUGGGUAUUUAGCAACUGCAAAUCGUAUAUUAACUGAUCUCUGCUUCAAAAAUGAAAUAUCUGAGUUGUCAUUUUAAGAUUCAUCCAAAAUGUAAAUAUUUUAAGAUUGUAUGUGCGUUUUUUAAUUCCGUGUGACAUAGGGCAUUUCAUGCAAUUUAUGUACUAUCGUAAAUUUAAAAUUUCAAUUUUCCUAAAAGAAAAAUAUAUUUCUAGUAUAAUUAUAAA